AUGGAUGAAAUUUGUCAUGUAUUUAAGGAAUUUAUUUUACAAAGUGAAACACCAAGUGAAACUGAAAGUAUUUCACAAAGUGAAACACAAAGUGAUAAUUCAAGAAGAGAUAACAUAAUUAAUCUAUUCAAAGAAUACAUCGCGAGCACAAAAGACAAAACAGAAGUUGAUUCAAAACUUAAAAAAAUAAAAUGUACUAAACUAAUGGCAUUUGAUGCUAAUGGUUUGUACGCUUCAGCAAUGUCAGAUUUAGACAGUGAAAAUCCAAAAGCGAAAAGUGGAAGACCUUUUCUACCAGAAGAAGAAAGAAAAAUUUUAAAACUCUUCAAUGAACAGAAAUUUAGACCUAGAACAGCUAUUUUAACAGUGUGGUUUAAAAUUCCCAAAACCAUGUUCUUCCAACCGAUACCAGCUACAGAUAAUAUCACUUUCACGAAUAAAGAAGGAAAAGGGAAACUGGCAGUAAAAUCAGGUUUAGAAAUGGUUUCUGUUAAAGAAAUAGUUAAAGCCGGUGGAGAAAUUAUUAGAAUAUUAGAUGGUAUAUUAUACGAAGAAAACUUUAAAACUCCACCAUAUAGAGAUUAUAUUUUAAUUUUAAGAUAUCUUAGAAAUAAAUAUAAACAAGAAGGUAAUAUUGUGGGUAGUAAUUGCAUGAAAUUAUUAGGCAAUUCCUUGUAUGGCAAAUCUAUUCAGAAGGAUAGAAACACGAGAAAUCAUUUGUGGAAUGAAGUAACUUUUCAGGCUAACUUCGACUCGCAUGUUAAAAACUAUGAAAAAAUAAAUGAUACUCAAUAUUUCGUUGAGACAGAAAUUGAAGAAAAGGAGAUUACUGCUGAAGAUCACUCAACUAAAUCUACAGGACUAACACCUAGUCAUUUGGGGUCAUUCGUUUAUCUCACAGUAAAAAAAUAA